UUCACUCAGAGGAGACGUUCUGACAAUGUGGACCCCUGCUGUUCUGCUGCUGCUGCUGCUGCUGGCAGUGACUUCACACACUGUGGCAAAGCCUAAAAACCGUUUCACUCGCUAUCCGUCAUGGAACACCAAGAUGUACCCAGUUUGGAAAGAUGCAGACCCACGAUACAGAGACUCCUGGAAAGGUGGACGAGUGACCGUCAGUGUAGCAAAUGAUUCUCCAACUCUGACCGGAGCCAAAGUCACCUUCACCAUCGACCUGGAGUUCCCACACAAUCAGAAAGUGCAGCCUGAUGGAGAAGUUGUUUGGGCUGAAGACUCAUUUGCCAACGGAACAAAAUACUAUGAGUCCCGGCCAGUUUACCCAACACAGAACACAGACUGGGAGGCUGUUUUUCCUGAUGGGACCCCGUUUGCAAAGGACCAGAAGCCAGGUUUCGUGUUUGUCUGGAAGACCUGGGGUCAGUACUGGCAGGUGGCAGACGGACCCUCCUCCUCUCUGACCAUUGGUACAGACGACAUCCCGUUGGGCUCCUAUACCAUGGACAUCGUCAUCUACCACUACCGCAGCAAAGAGAGGUUCAUCCCUCUGGGAUAUGCCUCCACUCAGUUCUCCAUCACUGAUCAAAUCCCUUUCGCUGUCGCCUUGGAACAAAUCGAUGACAUAGUGGCAGGAGACCUGCGUUUCAUCCAGAACAGAGCAAUAACCUUCACCGUCACCCUCCAUGACCCCAGCCAGUACCUCAGUGAUGCGGACGUCACCUUCAACUGGGACUUCGGAGACGAAAGUGGCGCGCUCAUAUCCAGAGAGCUGACCGUCACUCACACCUACAUCACCUCUGGCUCAUUCAAGCCUCGGGUGGUGAUCCAGGCAGUCAUCCCGGAUAAGACCUGCAAUCCGCCAGUUGAUCCCACGACCCAGACUCCUGGUCCACAUCCAGGGAAAGUGUCAGCACUGUCUGCUCUCUCUCUACUGGUUUCCACCAAGUCAACUAGUCUGAAUGUCAAUAUGGCGUCCUCUGACACAGAGGAAUACAACACUGAAGAUGAGGCCUCCACGGCCUCCGCCAGCCAACCUGUGCAGGAAACACCCACAGUGGCCAAGACUCCCUCCACCAUUAACCAUGACACACCAGUGGACACUGAUGCAGGGACUGGGCUCACAGCAGGUGCAAAGCAAACAGUGACCCUAACAAGCCAAGCUACAGUGGUGGGAGCUGCUAAAAGCGAUGCCGAUGGCGAUUGUGUGAUUUAUCGUUAUGGCUCCUUCUGCACUGGCAUUGAAGUGUUUGAGGGCAUCAGAACAGUAGAGAUCACAAAAGUGGACAAUGCUGUCACGGCAACAUCGAAAAUGGGCAAAAAGGUUGUGGAUAUCACCGUUACCUGCCAGGGAAGCUUUCCCAGGGAAGUGUGCAGUGUGAUUCUGGAUGCAGACUGCUUGAAACCAAUUCACACAGUGUGCAACACGGUGGAGCCGUCACAGGAGUGUCAGCUGGUGCUGCGUCACUUCUUCAACUACUCUGGUGUCUACUGCAUCAACGUGUCCAUGUCCAAUGAUGUCAGUUUAGCCGUCACCAGUUCCAAAUUCAACAUUGGGAUAAGUCCUGGUGUUUCCUCCUCUGGCGCCAUUGCCCUGUUGCUGGGUUUCCUGGCUCUUGUUCUAGUCAUAGGAAUAGUGGCAUAUACCUACAAGCGUUUCAAGUCCUACCGACCUCUGAAGGAGGACCUGCUCGUGUCAGGAGGUCAGCAGGUCAACGGGGAUCAGCGCUGCUCUGCGCCAUCCGUCCUCUGCAACCUCCUGAAGAGACGAGAAGCUGUCGACAUUGGCCCUCUGCUGCAGGACAAGCCGGUGUGAACCGUCGCUGGCCUCACACAAACACAAUAAAACACCAAGCAGCAUCGGAUUUGCAGGUUACAGACACCUGGGAUGCCUUUUUAUACUUUUAUAAAAUACAUGUUUUCUAUUAAAUUUGGAAUGAUACCUUUGACAUAUUGCAAAGUUCAAUUUUUGUGAGUUGUAAUAAAGAGCUUCAAAUUGUGCAA